AUGAAGCCAUUGCUCUUGGUGUUUGCUGCCUGUCUGUUGUGCUGGAAAGAUUGCCCUUGUGCACCUACUUGGAAGGACAGAACUGCUCUCGGUGGAAAUCUGAAGGGUUUGUUGGAGGAGGGGGAGACAGAGGCAGGUGGAGAGCUGAAGAAGGCUUUGAUGGGGAUGAAGCAGAUGAGAAUCGUGAUGGGAAGGAGAGAAGAGGAGCACGGCAGACUCAUGGAAACCUUGAAGAAGUGCAAGGAAGAAAAGCAGGAGGCCCUGAAACUUAUGAAUGAAGUUCAAGAGCAUCUGGAGGAAGAGGAAAGGUUAUGCCAGGCAUCUUCAGCCAACUCCUGGGACCGAUGCCGGUAUUGCCUGCAGAGCAAGUAUGUGAGAUUAUACACAACCCGCAAACCUGGCUGGUCCUCCGUGAAAAGUACGAUGGAGCAGUUUUUCAGGAAGCUGUACCAGUUUCUGUUUCCCCUCCAUGAUGACCAAGAUGACCUCCCUGCCCAUGGAAAGUCCACGGAAGAGGACCCACGGGUGACACAGAUGGAGGGCGUGUUCUGCCAGCUGACUGAAGACGUGAGAAUCCUCUUCAAUAGGAGCCUCUUUGUCUUCAAACAAAUGCAGCAAGAAUUCGACCAGGCUUUUCAGUCCUACUUCAUGUCAGACUCUGACCUCAUGGAGCCUUCCUUUUUUCCAACUUUCUCCAAGAAGCCAAUUCCCAAAGCAGAUCUUGAGCCAAGGUGGGACCUCCCCAAUUUCUUCAGGCUACUUGGUAAUCUCAGUCUCUCUGUUUAUGAAAGAGUCAGCAAAUCAAUCAAAAGCACGCUGGACGCCAUUCAGGAUUCUUCGACACCACACCAAGACUGUCCUGAUGUCCCUGACCUGCACACAGAACUCGAUGAGGCUCUGAGACUGGUCAACCUAUCUAGUCAGCAGUAUGACCAGAUUGUCCGCAUGACCCAGUACCACGUGCAGGACACCUUGCACCUGAUGGAGAAGAUGAAGGCACAGUUUGGCUGGGUGUCUGAACUGGCAAGCAAGAUCCCAGGAGCUGAGAACAUCAGUGACUUAACAAAGGGAGUGCUCAGUGAUCGUGAAGGACAUUCUUUCCAACAAGCUGAAACGAGGGUGGACUCACACAUUUUGCCUUCCCCCAAUUUCACAGUGAAGAUCACUCCUGAUACAAGUGCCGAGAGCUCUAACUUCAUGGACUAUAUGGCAGCCAAAGUUCUAGAGCAUUUUAGGGAGCAUUUUAAGACUUGGUAA